UCCAACACCAAACUUUAAUUUAGCACAAACCCUCUCAGUACAUUAGUACUCUCUUGAUGUCGCCAACAAGCAAAUCAGCACGAAACAACACCUUCAGAAUGACAUAAAAUGGAUGAUAUCAAGGCCUUGAUCUGAUGCAUGGAGUCUGAACCUGAACAUUUCUCGCUACACGUUGGCAACCUCCACUAGAUCAGCCGUCUUGUUGCUCACUCUUGCACUCUGCUGUGUGCUGUGUGUUCCUUUCCUACCCCAGCUCAAGCUUCUUGUGUGCGCGUGUGGUGUGGAUGAAAGAGAUCAGAGCCAUGAGGGCGCUGCUGGACCGGUGCCUGUCGUCCAAGAAGGCCAGCCGGGGCCGGGAGCCGCCGCCGGAGGGCUGCCUGGCAGUGUACGUGGGCGCGGCGAGAGAGCGGUUCGUGGUCCGGGCCGAGUGCGUCAACCACCGCCUGUUCCGGGCGCUGCUGGAGGAGGCCGAGGAGGCGCGCGGGCCCUACUGCUACGCGGCGGACGGCCCGCUCGAGCUACCCUGCGACGCCGCCGCGUUCGCGCGCGCCGUGGAGGCCAUCGAGCGGGAGAUGGGCGUGCGGCGGCGCGAGGGCAGGGCACACGGCGUCGCACCGGACGGUGGAGCCGGCGGCAGGCAGACCGUGGGUUGACUUAGCGACCGGGUGUGUUCACGCCGUCAGGAUUUCCUGAUGGAUGUUCCGACUUCCGAGUGUUUGAUGUACUGA